UCUUGGGAUAGAAAAAAAAAAGUUGAAAAAAAUUAUUUGGCACAAAAUGUCAUGCAUUAGACUCAGUCAUAACUCAGGUCUUUCAUUUUUUUCAUUUUCAGGAGAGACCUGGCAUAAUCCCCUAUACAAGUGGUCAUAGAAAUAUAGAGGAAGGAGUUCAUAAUUUUACAGUAACAUACAUACAGAUCUACCAAAGGUAAUACUCUCUCUGGCUACUGCUCCUGGCUCAAAAUGCUGUUUACUCUGGGGCUUCUCCUCCUUCUCACCCCAUUUCCCUCCUUUCAAUCCACAACCAAUGAGAGAAGAAACUCAACAGGAAGCAAUGUGACCAAACCUAAUGUUGUUUUCACUCUGUCAAAACCAAAAACCACAGCUGCUCUCGCUAAACAGACUGUUCGCCCAACCCCAAAGCCAAAUACAGUCAAUCAGACAGUUUUACCCACUCCAGUGACCACCAAAAGCAAGCCCAACACAGUAGUAAUUCAAACCACUCCUUCAGCAGCAGUUAAGGCCACACCAGCCGGUGGCAACAUCACCAACAAAGACAAGCACACAGUCUCAGUCAAUCGAACUGUUUUAACUAAAUCCCCUUCAGUCAGUGAAGUGAAGCCUUCCAAAGACAAGCCUCUCCCCACUGGAGCUCCAAAUGUUCAGUCAGCAUCAACAAAGUCUACAUCAGCCAGUGCUACUAAAACUAUCAAAGACAAGAAUGCAGCCUUCGUCAAUCAGACUGUUUCAAUGAAAUCUCCUUCAGCCAGUGAUGAGAAGACUGCCAAAGACAAGCCUGCCCCCGCUGUAGUUCAAAAUGUUCAGUCAACAUCCCCAAAGUCUAUUCCAGCCAGUGGUGCUAAAACCACCAAAAACAAGCCCACAGCCUCUGUCAAUGUGACUGUUGUAGCCAAAUCUCCCUCCACCAGUGAUGUGAAGAACUCCAAAGAGAAGGUUACCCCCACUACUCAAACUGUUCUGUCAACACCAACAAAGGCUGCUACAACCAGUGGUUCCUCAGUCGACAAAGAUAAGGUCACAUCCACCACCAAUCAGACCGCUGUAAUCAAAGCUCCCACCACCACCACCACCACCAAAGACAAGCCUGCCCCAACACAACCAAUCAAAGUGGUCAUCAGUGAUGGUUGUGACUCAAGCAACAGCAAGGAGCAGGAGUUGAAGCUGAAGCCUGGAGCUCCUCUAGUGAUGACACAUAAGAUCAGCUUGUUGCCUGGUGACUGCUCUGGAGGAUGUGAGUCUGAGAUGACCGCUCUGAAAGAACGUGUAGCCCGGCUGGAAAGAGAGAUGUCCUCCCUGAAAGAGAAGUGUCCAUGUUCUGCAAAUUGUCCCAGUGACUGUAGUGGCAAUGGAGAAUGUCAGAAGGGGAAAUGUGUCUGCCAACGGGGAUUUAUGGGUCCAGACUGCAGUAAGUGUGCACAAGGAGCUGAGUGUAAUAAACAAACUGCCAAAGGAAAGGUCAAGGUCACAGUGGAAACAGUGACCACACAGGUGAACAAAGACAAGAGUAACAUGCAGGAGAAAACUGGCACAGAAGAGCAAACACUAUUCCAGAAGAAGGAGCAGAAGAAGGGGUCUGAAGCUAAACAGACUGACACUAAACCUAAAGUGACGACUAGUGCCAAAGCAGGUCUUGUUAAAAUACAAUCAAAGCAAGAGUCUUCUGUUAAAAAAGUUAGUACUAAAGACUCUUCAAGUGCCACAAAGACCAGUCGCCCAACUGUUGCUCAAGUUCUGCUGAAACAUGAGGGAAAAAAGCAAGAAGAGGCCCGCAAAGGCAAAACAACAGUGUUGACUUCUAAAAAGGCGCUCCAAAAAACUGACCUUAAACUAGUUAAAGAGGGAGCUGCUGCUAAAAUAUAUCCUAAAUCUGACCAACUAAAAGACGAACCUCAAACCAAUGUAACUCAGAGUAACGUUAAGAAAUCUAAUGGCACAUCUAAACUUGUGACCAUUCUGUCCAAGGGCAUGGGAACAAACAAAACCAAAGCAGGGAAGGAGACCUUGGAGCAGUCCACACUGGCAGAGAAAAAUGUUACUCAAUCAUCUGGACAUGAACACAUCAAGAAAGUCAAAGUAGAAAUUACAACUGUGCAAUCUGUCGACAAUAGAAACACUGAAGCUGCCAAGACUGUAAAAGAGAAAGUAACACAGAAGAAUCAGUACAGAGUGAAUGCAACCAUUGCAGCUACAUCCGGCGAGGCUCCAGUCCUGCAGAACAAAACAACUAUCUAUGCCUCUGGAAGUGCAAGGAGGACAGGAGGGUCUGGAUUAGGUUCUGUAAAGGUUGUGAACAUCUCUUCCUACAGCUUUAUUGUCAUGUGGUCAGCACCACAAGGGAUGUUCAAGAACUUCACUGUGAUCAGAAGAGAGCCACGGACAGAGGGUGACGAGGAAGACCAUGAGGACUUUGAGGAGGAAGCUCUUGAAGGAGAAAAGACCUCCACAGCUAAGAACACAACUGAAGUCCAGGUACAGAGCGAGAGCACCAACACAACUGCCAGCUCUGACAAGAUUAUUGGAUCUAGAGGCAAAGCUGAAAUGAAGAGGAUCUCUAUGGUGGUCCCUGGCAACGUACGCUCUGUGGAGUUCAGUAACCUUCGGCCAAACACAGCUUAUGUCCUGCACAUAUAUGGUGCUGCAGCUGAGAGAAGAUCAAAGAUUCACAGAGUAACUGCAGUUACAGGCCCUGAACCACCCACAGAAAUGGUUUUCAGUAAUGUAACAGAGUCUUCCCUCACUGUUUCCUGGUCCAAACCAAAGACCACGUUUGCAGGCUUCAGGGUCACAUACAUCAAUAUUGUCACAGGGGAGAGCCGCUAUGUGACUGUGGACUCUCACCAGUCUUAUGUGGUUCUGUCCAAGUUGUCCACUGGAUCCUCCUACAUUAUCACUGUAACUGCUACACAAGGCAGAGCCCAGAGUGACGCCCUCACAUCCGUCAUCACCACAGUGCCUGCCCCUCCAACACAUCUGCAAGUUUCCGAUGUGACAGAUACGAGAGCUGUGCUGAAAUGGACACCCAGUCUGGGCAAAGUAGACCGUUUCAUCAUCAGCUAUGAGUCCUCCAAGACUCCUAAUAUGACAGUGACGGUGAUGCUGUCUGGAAACUCAGUGGAGCACCAGCUGAGAGGCCUGCAGAGAGGAACCCUGUACACAGUCAAAGUCCUGAGUCAGAAGGACAGCCUCCAGAGUAUGGCCAUCUCAACAACAUUUACCACAGCUAAUGUGGUUAAAGCCAGUGAGGUUGGUGCUCGCUCUGCAGUGAUAGUAUGGAGAACUUCCACUGUUGUUUAUCACAGCUACAGAGUGAUCUACCAGGUGGCUGGAGAGGUGACAAAGGAGGUUAUUCUGGAUGGAUCUGUCACAGAGUAUAAGCUUACAGGCUUGUUGCCAAUGUCACGUUACAUUGUUCUGGUACAAGGCGAGAGAGAUGGACACUACACAUCUGUUGUCACCACAGAAUUCAUCACAGGCAAACUACGUUUCCCCUUCCCUACUGAGUGCUCUCAGGAGCUGCUGAAUGGAGCUCUGCAGUCAGGAGAGGUGGAUAUCUACCCACAAGGAAAGGAGGGCCGAGCAGUCAGAGUCUACUGUGACAUGGAGACCGAUGGAGGUGGCUGGACGGUGUUCCAGAGGAGGAUGAAUGGAAAGACAGAUUUCUACAAGACCUGGAAUGAAUACAGCGCUGGAUUUGGAAACCUCAGUGAAGACUUCUGGCUCGGAAAUGAGCUUCUUCACAACUUGACCAGCGUCGGCCCGGUGAGCCUGAGAGUGGAUAUGCGAUCUGGAAAUGACACCGCUUAUGCUCACUAUGCCAACUUUGCCAUUGCUUCUUCGGAGAGGCACUAUACUCUUACAGUAUCUGGUUACACUGGAACUGCAGGUGACUCUAUGAGGUACCAUAAUGGCCGUCCAUUCUCAGCCUGGGAUAAAGACCCCGAUAUUAUGGAAAUCCACUGUGCCAGGGCCUACAUGGGAGGCUGGUGGUACAAGAACUGCUACAAGGCCAACCUCAAUGGUCUAUAUGGCAUCAACAGUAAUAAUCAGGGAAUAGUCUGGAUAGACUGGAAAGGUAAAGAUGCCUCCAUUCCCUUCACUGAGAUGAAGUUCAGACCGUCCAGGUUCUCUCCUGCAACUCAUGGCUAAAUGCAAAUCUUCAUGGGUUCUCCAACCUUACAUCUGACGGAGAGUAACAGCUCCAGAAGACAGUGGAUCUCACAGUUGCUGCAUGUCACUUUCCACCUGAAAUCGCAUGCACGGUGAUUUUGAUAGCCAUGAAAGCUGUCAGUGCAUUUGAUUCAAUGUGCAAGAUUUUUGUUUUGUUUUGUUUUUCAGGAAAUAUACCAAUUGCAACUUUUUGUAUACUGUACUCUUCUGCCUGACCUGUCAGUUUCAACUCAGUUUUGUUUUGUCUCUAAUACCCUCUUGUGCGCCACCAUGGCGUGCCAGCCCACUACUACUGUAAUUAAAUAUGCACUGUCUCACUCCAUUGGAAUAAAUGUGGCUAAUG